AGGCUCCGAAUAUCUUCUCCUCGAUAUUCUGUAACAAAGCUUCAAAUUUGAAGUCUGUAACGAUCUCCAUUAAUCCUACAGCCGAGAGUAAUAUUAAAUUCUUGUUCUCUUCCCUCCACUCCUUCUGUUCCCCCUCCCCUCUUCCUGCUCAUUUUCUAGGGUUAGGGUUAGGGUUCGGGUUUCACACUUCUCCUUCCAAAGUUCCGGUAAUGGAGUUCGAGUCUUACUUCGAAGCACACUGUUCGAAGUAACUUUCUUUCCCUAUUGGGUUCAACGAAAUGAUGGUUUGAGGUUAGGAAAUUGGAUAAUUUGCUGCAGUCCGUUACUGGAUUCGGUGUUCCGGCCACAAUGGCGUCCGAGUUACAGAUGAGCCCGCAACUGGAGCAGAUCGAUGGGGAAAUUCACGACAAUUUCCGGGCUCUCGCAAAUGGUUUUCAGAAAUUGGAUAAGAUCAAAGACCCGAAUAGGCAAAGUAAACAAUUGGAGGAACUCACAGGAAAGAUGAGGGAGUGUAAAAGGUUAAUUAAGGAGUUUGAUCGGGAAGUUAAAGAAGAAGAAAAUGGAAAUCCUCCUGAGAUUAAUAAGCAACUCAAUGAGAGAAAACAAUCCUUGAUCAAAGAGCUAAAUUCGUAUGUGGCCUUGAGGAAAACGUAUAUGAGUAGCCUUGGUAAUAAAAAGGUUGAACUCUUUGACCUGGGAGCAGGAGCUAGUGAACCUGUGGCUGAGGACAAUGUUCAAAUGGCAUCAUCAAUGACUAAUCAAGAGCUUAUCAAUGCUGGGACAAAGACAAUGGAUGAGACUGAUCAGGCUCUUGAACGCUCUAAAAUGGUUGUGCAACAAACAGUUGAAGUUGGAUCUCAGACCGCCGUAUCCUUGAAAGGACAAACUGAACAAAUGGGUCGUAUCGUUAACGACCUGGAUACAAUUCACUUCUCAAUCAAAAAGGCUACUCAGCUGGUGAAGGAGAUUGGUAGGCAGGUGGCUACUGACAAAUGCAUCAUGUUUUUUCUACUUCUUGUUGUCUGUGGUGUAAUAGCCAUCAUUGUUGUGAAGAUUGUGAAUCCGAACAACAAAAACAUCAGCAACAUCCCUGGGUUGGCACCUCCAGCACCGGCAAGGAAGUUGCUAUCUAUGGAAGCCAUGGGAGUUUAGUUCCCUUGUUUUCAGAGUAGUUGUGAUUCUUAUUCCCCAGCUGGUUCAGAGGAAGAUUGAUCCUCCUAUCCUGUUGAUGGUUCCAUUGUCGCUUGGUUUUUUACGUCUACUCUUGUUUGCUGUGAUGUUCAUAAUCCUGAGUAUAAUUCUUUAUGUAAAUCGUAUAUUGUGAGGCUGUUUUGUUUUAUUUUAUCCCUAUUGAGUUGUAUGAGUGAUAUGUUUGUCAUUGUAAUCCCUUUGAGGUUGCCUUGUAAUACUGCCUUUAACAUG